AUGGCCCACCUCGUCUCCGUGCAGAACCUCGCGCCCGCCCUCACGAUCGAGCGGCUUCGCGCGGCCUUCAAGAGGUUCGGCAAGCUCGUCUCGGUCGACAUCCGCGACAAUGGCACUGGCGCGAUCGUGUACGAGAAAGCGACCAGCGUGAACAAGGCGACCAUGGCCAUGAACAACGCGGUCGUCCUCGGCAAGCGCAUGACGGUGGUGGCGGGCGAGUCGCAGGCGCCGGCGUCGUCCGGCGUGGCGGCGCCGCUUGCGGAGCGCGGCGCCACCGGCUUCGAGGCGUCGACACUGUGA